CGUGGCGCCUGCAGAUGGCUGCGGCGGCGGCGCCGCCGGCCGUGAGCCCGCGGCCCUGACGGGGAGCGGCGACCCUGGCGCGGUGCAGGCCGCCAUGGAGGUGUACAUCCCCUCCUUCCGCUACGAAGAGAGCGAGCUGGAGCGGGGCUACACGGUCUUUAAAAUAGAGGUUCUAAUGAGUGGAAGGAAACAUUUUGUGGAGAAGAGGUAUAGUGAAUUCCAUGCACUUCAUAAAAAGCUAAAGAAGUUCAUAAGAACUCCAGAGAUCCCUUCAAAGCAUGUCAGAAACUGGGUCCCCAAGGUCCUGGAGCAGCGACGGCAAGGCUUGGAGUUGUACUUGCAGACAGUAAUUUUAGAAAAUGAAGAGCUCCCUAAAAUAUUUCUUGAUUUCCUGAACGUUCGCCAUUUACCUACCUUGCCAAAAGCAGAAAGCUGUGGCUCUUUUGAUGAAACAGAAUCUGAAGAAUCAAGCAAACUGUCCCACCAGCCUGUGCUGCUGUUCCUGAGGGAUCCAUAUGUCUUGCCUAAAGCCAACGUUUGCAGCACAAAGAAAAUACAGAUGACUUUCCAAACGUCGUUAUAGAAGGCAUUCUGCAUGGAAUAUUUUAUCCUCACCUGCUGCCCAGGUAGAAGAGAUGUGAGGCUAGAAGCUGCUGAAGCAAGUGUCCGAGUCAUGUUUAAUGGAAGUACAGGAAUAAAAUUCUGUGAUGUGAAAAUUAGGCUCAGAAGCCAGGGGCAUAACCUGAGUUUAAGACCAAGCAUUGCAUAUUUUUAAAUAAAAGCAACAUCUUAUUUUUAAAUAAAAGCAACGUCACUACAAUUGCUGCCUUUAAAAAAAGAAAAAAAAAAAAAAGAUAUGGAAACAGCAGCAUCUAAGUUACCUAUACUUCCGAUACAUUGACAUGCUCUAACUAUUUAACACUAAAAGCUGGAAGUCAUACACUGAAUUACACUUAACCUUUGAAAAUAAUUGAAAGCUUUACUAAUUAUUUUUAUAAUUUUACCAUAAAUUACACUAAACCUUUUUUUCACCAGGAGUUUCCCUAGCACUUUACUCAUUGCCGGCAGUGGAAGUCCUGGCACAGAAAAGGGAGUGUGAGAAAUUGCCAAAACAACAAAAAAAUUGCAGCAGGAAGCAAUUGAAAGCAAUUUUAGGUAGUUUGUUUAUUUGAGUCUAAUCCUUAAUAUAAUGUUGAAAAAGAGCCAGUGGAGGUGUUUGGAGAGCCUCUAUUGGAAAGCAUGCUUCCACAUUCUGCAAUACAUAAUGCUCUCAAAGGAAAUUGUCUAGAUUUCAGCUGAAGUUAUUUUAUCCACCAGGCGAUUUCAUGUGGCAUUUUCACAUUUCCAUUCAGAUACGACAGCUAAUCUGUUUAUGUUUACCCUUCAUGCAAACUUGCAAACUGUAUUCCGUAUCUUACCAUUUUGUAAGUCACAGAGCAUACAACUCUGUGGUAAGCUAAAGCAAGACUAUGAUUUAGUAAAAUACUAAAACCGAUACAUAUGUAUGUAUACACUCAUAUAUAUAUAUGUUCAGAUAUAACUGGAAAUUUUUAUGUGACUGGACACUGCAAAAUAAAUUACUAAAACAUACACACUU